UUUAGGUGAAAGUUAUAACUGAACAUUGCUGGAGGUAAGAAUAUCUAAGGGAAUCUUCUUGGAGGAAACGAAAGAAAACACAAGAUCACGGACUAUGGGAGAUAUCUUACUAGUCUCCAGUUUCCUCGCGUUCAGAUGUCUUACGUGAUACCGCAUCAAAACAAACAGAGCCGGGAGCUUUGAGCCACUCAUUUUGGGAAAAACUUUGUGACUUCUUCGUGAUAUGACAAUCAAUAGAAUACUUUGACAGAAUCAAGUAGUUAAGAAUGAAAUUUUAGGGCAAAAGCUCGUGGAUGUCAUCGGCAAAAUCCCGAAGGUUCCUGUAAAUAUCGGAAGAAGUGCUCAUUUCAUUACCAAGUCGGCCUCUGUUUCAACGUUAUCGACUUUCUGUAUCGUAGCUUUCCGGUGUUGUUUUCCAUAGUGGGAAAAUUCUUUUCAAGGCAGACGACACAGCUGGAAUACACAAAAAAGGGCUCUGCCGUAGCAACAGGUGCCGUGGCAGCCGCUUCUGGAGUCACUUUUGGACGGGUGGAUACCUUGAAUAAGACGGUCGUCAAGUUAGCAAAGCAUACGGCUGAAGCUGCGGUCGAGUCUGGCAAAGUGGUCAUUCACACCACCAAUGAAGUAGCCAAUGGCAUGCCUGUGAUAGGGCACAUCAAAGGUGGAAUACACUAUGCCAUCGGGGACAGAAAGAGUGGGAAUGAGGCAAUGAAGAAGGCUUCAAGGUCAACCGGGGUUGUCGUAGGGGGCGUUCUAGGGGUAUCCGGUGGUCCAGUGGGAAUGGUUGCCGGGGGUAUCGCAGGGGGAGCUGUGAUGGAUGGCAUAACAACUGGAGUAGAGUCGGCUGUAGAAGGGAAGUAUACUCCAGCCGGACAAAUCAAAGCUUGGACUAAUGUUGCCACGGGUAAAGACCCACAGACGAUUAUCGGGGGCGUGGUGGGGGGUGUUAUGUCCCCCAUCAUGGACGGAGUAGGAGGUUAUGAUGUCGGAACUCUGUUUAAAGGAGGUAGAGUUACGCAUCCACAUGACCAUCACGACUUGGCGGAGUUCGAACAUGUAGAAGUUCCAAUUGAAUCCGAUUCCGAAAAGUCAAAACCUGUAUCAAAUCAUUCCAAGGCGGAACGAGAAAAUAGCGAGGAUUCGGGUGCGUCAUCAGCCGUGACAAGAGCCGAUAGAGGUGAGGAUCAACCACACACUUAUGGAAGGGAAGCAGAAGAGAGAUCGAGUGAAGACGCUGAGGGAGUGGGUCGAUUGGUUGACGAGGGAAGGAAAGCAGAAGGUCUAGGAAGUGACGAAAAGGGUGGAGUCCUUAGAAGGAUGGAGCAUUCAGCAGGGGAGGCAAGGGAAACAGAAUUUGAGGAGAGUCAAAGGGAAGUCGAGGAAAGCAAAACAGACAGUGGUGAAAGCGAAGCAGAUGGUGAAUUCGGUGAAUGGGUGUAUGUAUCAGCUACAGAGAUAAGCGAAGGAGAAGACGAGAGAAGAGAAGGUGUUUCAGAUGAAGGAGAGUCGAGUGGCGGCACGGGUGUAACAGGCAGACCUUUAGGAUGCAGUGGAUCAUCAAUAAUCCAUGCUUGGAAGACCGCACUUAGCGAAGGUGAGUGUGAAAUUAUUCACUUGUCAAAGCCAAAAGAUGGAACACUUUACCGAGGCGUGAAUAAAGGUAAAAACCCAUACAGUUUGGAUGACCGUGAGGCACGUUUGGGCGAAGGAGUUCACUUCACAGAUGACCUUGAUGAAGCUAUUGACUUUGCCACGUUACGGCAAGCGGCUGAAUCCUCCUACAGAGUAAAUGGAGAAGUGUACCAUCUCGCGUUUAAAGCCGCAGAAUGGCGGGACUAUAUGAAGAACUAGACGCUUGAACAAGAAGGCACGGUCAGAACUCUUCAUAGUAUAGAUGAAUUCCAAGUUAUCAAGACCACUUAUGGUAGUGCAAACCAUUACCGAUUUAGCCCUCAUAUAGCUGAGGUGAUGGAACAGAGAGACACCCUGGUAAAAAUAAGAGAUGUUAGUACCUCAUCCAAAUGUUCUUUAACAUGACUGAACCUCAGUCACUUCAUACCCAUGGCGUACUCUAAAAUACUGACUUUUUUCUAUCGCGCAUUACAAUCUUUAAGUAUCUUUUGCGCAACCAGGCAUCUUCCGAGGUGUUGACAAAGUUGAAAGGUGGUUGUAAUAAAGGGCGUUUGCUAUACAUUUAAGAUAAUAAAACUCUCUGGUUAUCGACGCUAUAAUCCACGCGGGAUUCAUUGAGGAGCUUUGAGAGAACACGAACAAAGUUCACAAAUCAAGAGCCGAAGGCAAAUGAUAGAAGAGCUUCUCUCGUGUCGAUCGAAUAUUACUGUGGGUUGCUAUGCACUGAGUCGAUAGGAAUUACGGUUUCUUGCUUAUAUGAAAUAAUUGUGAAACGUGUAGGUUUUCUGUGGGUUUACUGGAACAAUGAACAGUAGGCUUUUAACUAACUAGUCUUCGCGUAGUAUUGAGGAUAGUUUUAUCAAUCUGCCCGUAGAAUAGUAGCUUUCGCUUAAAGCGAGUCCUUCCUCAUAAUUUGUCACUUAAGUGAGGCGUGAGCAACUAAACAUUGCCUAAGGCCAGCGUGGCAUAGAACAAAACAAUGUUAGCGGAUUUUGCUGACUGAGUGUUUGAGUCAACCUUUUGAGUUUUUUUCUGUUGUGGUUUUUUCUUGUUUACUUUUGUGUGGUCGUUGCUUAGUAAAAAAGGAACUUGG